CUUUGUUGACACUGGCAGAGAAACAGAGAGUGAAAUAGGAAUAAACGUUUAGGUAACAUUACUAGGCAGGUUUACAGGGAGGUAUAUUAAAACAUAGAAUAUAGACAAAUUGAAGACAGUGACAAGGGGUGUAACAUUUAACCAGUAGAUGGUAUCAAAACGCGGUUUCAAGAAACCAUCGGGGGAACUUUAGGACCGAGCUUCCUGUCGGGCCUCAUAUGCAGUUUUGCUGCUUCUUCCUCCCCAUACAAUCAUGGCAGCAGAUAGCCGGAAGCAAAUAUUAAGGUUGUUAUCCCGGUUCGGGGCAAUUAUCCUGACCCGUUUCGGGUUCUGGAACUGUUUCAGCAUGUUAAUGUUGUUCGCCGAGCGGGCCGAUGUAAAGAGGAAGCCCGAUAUUCAAGUUCCAUAUCUGUACAUCGACAUGGGCAUUGCAGUGCUGUGUGCCAGCUUCAUGUCCUUCGGGGUGAAGCGGAGAUGGUUCGCUUUGAUUGCCGCGCUGCAGCUGGCAAUCAGCACCUAUGCGUCCUACAUGGGGGGCCAGGUGCAUUACGGAGACUGGCUGAAGGUGCGGAUGCACUCUAGAGCUCUUGCCAUUACUGGUGGCUUUCUGGUUCUGGCCAGCGGAGCGGGUGAGGUGUACCGGCAGAAGCCCCGAACAAGGUCCCUGCAGUCCACAGGACAGAUCUUCCUGGGAAUCUAUUUGAUUUGCGUGGCAUAUUCCCUCCAGCACAGCAAGGAGGACAGGCUAGCAUUCCUUAACCACAUUCCCGGGGGAGAGAUCCCACUGCAGCUGCUGUCCGUGCUGUAUGGAGUGCUGGCUCUCUCCUUCUUCUCAGGCUACUACAUCCGCAGUGCCGCCCAGAUACUUGCCAUCCUCAUGCCCCUGGUCAUUCUCUUCAUCGACGGAAACCUGGGCUAUUGGCACCAGGGCCGCCAUGUGGAGUUCUGGAACCAGAUGAUGCUGGUGGGGCAGAACGUGGGCAUCUUUGGGGCAGUCCUUAUUCUGGCCACUGAUGGCUGAGCCUUGCUCUAACAAACCCGGACUGGAGUGGCUCACUUUCACCAUCGGUGGGCCAGUUUUCAAAGCUACGUGGUGUAUGCCCUUCCCAAGGAAGGUGUGAAAAUGCUGUUUCUGUCCUGUGUUUAUAUUUAAUUGUAAUUUUAACUGAGCAAUACUGAAUUUUUUAAAAGCAAUUUCUCCUUUUUGAAAACACAAAAGGUGUUUUAAAUAAUUAAAUUAGCCCUGCAAUUAUCUCAUCGACUUCCACACUUAUUCAGGAAGGCAUGCUGGGAUUUAUUCAAUUGAUAGAAGUGGUGUCGGACCUAAAUAUCACCGCUGUUUAAUCACUAAAGUCUGUUUCUACCUGACACACUAAAAAGACAGGCAUGCAUUGUGUAGAUGAUUGAGAUUCAUAACCUUGAUACUCAAAAGAUCAUACACUGUUGAGAUCAGUUCAAUAUAUCCCUUCUUGGCAUAAGUUACCAGUUCUAAAUCUAGCUUUGAAAACCAGGUUCUUCAGUCUUUAAGGCUAUUUUCUCCAAUAACUGACACGCUACCCAUCAACUUUUCAAAGGCACCCCCUUUAGGACGGCUUUUUCCGGAAAAGAGGAACGUUUACUGUUUUAUUCAAAGGCUACAUCGGAUAGGAGAGUAAAGAUAGGUACCUUUUGAAAACUUAACUCCCUAAUCCUUGUACUGUAAUAUGAAAGGUUAAGCAUAUUUAAUAUGUUGUCUUUAAACAAGGUUUAUCUUUUUGUCUACAUAUUUGUUUUAAAUGUUAUUACAAAAACAAAAAAAAAAUUAAGCAUUGGUAAUUUCAUAGUGGUGGCUGGGGGAAGCUGAGAAUAAGGAAACAGAGGGGCCAGUCAUCAGAAUUCAGUACUUGCUACUUUUCCCAUUCAUUUCAAUGGGCUGUUCUGUAUUCUUUUUUCCAGGUUAAAUCUGGUUUUGGUUAUAUUGGAGUGUUCUUUAGUAUCAGAACAUACAUAACCAUCAUUUUUUUAAAUUUUAUAAUUAUUCUUGUGCUUGUCCAAGCUGCAUUUUCACAGAACCCAACAAAUACCCAAAUACCAUCGGCUGGCCCUCAAGUACACAACAGUUUAUUUUACUGAAUAAAAGCAGAUUAGAAUUGAUCUAAUCCAUUUCUAGAUAUAGCAUUAUCAAGGUGAUGUGCACUUUAAAUAGCCCAAUGCAUUGCAUGCUAGAAUAGAUUUUAAAAACACACAUUUUGUUUAGUAUAUGUACUGAAUGAUCAGCUGUAUUAAAAGACUUAUCCCAGCA